AUGGAUACUUCCAUCCACUCAUUAGAUGGUCCCGAUACUAUCGUUCCUGGUUCCAAUCCUAAGAAGACGGUAGGCCAGCGUGUACAAGGCUUUGUAAAGAAACUCACCACCAAGGACGGUCUCAUCGGCGACUAUGACUACCGUUUUCUUUUCCGCCCCGAACUUCCGUUCAUGAAAAGAGACACUCGCCCAGCCCCAUUUUUCGGAUUGAAUGAGAAGAUCCCCGUACUUCUUGCUUUCAUCUUGGGCCUGCAACAUGCAUUGGCAAUGCUGGCGGGCAUUGUCACCCCUCCUGUUAUUAUGUCGAGCUCCUUGAACCUACCGUCCGAUCUUCAACAAUACCUGGUUUCGACCUCCUUGAUCGUCUGUGGAAUAUUGUCAAUGGUACAAAUCACACGCUUUCAUAUCUACAAGACGCCGUUCUUUAUCGGAAGUGGAGUCCUCUCUGUUAUGGGGGUUUCCUUCGCGAUUAUCUCCGUCGCCUCCGGGGCUUUCAGCCAGAUGUAUGCCAACGGAUUCUGCCCGGUUGACAAGGACGGUACUAAACUCCCUUGCCCCGAAGCAUACGGUGCGUUACUGGGUACCUCGGCGUGCUGCGCUUUAGUCGAAGUCCUCCUCUCCUUCGUCCCUCCUAAGACGAUGCAGAAGAUUUUCCCGCCCAUCGUGACGGGCCCCACCGUCAUGCUCAUUGGAAUCAGCUUGAUCAGCAGUGGCUUCGAGGGUUGGGCUGGAGGGUCCGGUUGCACGACUGGAUUGUGCCCUUCUGAUACAGCUCCGCGAGCCAUGCCUUGGGGAAGCGCGGAAUUUAUCGGGCUAGGAUUCCUGGUGUUUGUGACCAUUUUGAUCUGCGAGAGAUUCGGGGCUCCUAUCAUGAAAUCCUGCUCCGUCGUGAUCGGUUUGUUAGUUGGUUGUAUCGUUGCUGCUGCCUGUGGAUAUUUUGACCGGUCCGGAAUUGAUGCCGCCCCUGUCGCGUCCUUCAUCUGGGUCAAGACAUUCCCACUCACGGUGUACGGACCAAUGGUCCUCCCUCUUCUCGCUGUUUUCAUCAUCUGCGCCUGUGAAUGUAUUGGAGAUGUGACAGCAACCUGCGAUGUCUCUCGUCUAGAAGUUGAAGGCGAAAUUUUCGAGUCCCGUAUCCAGGGCGCUGUGCUUGCGGACGGAUUGAACUCCAUUCUUGCCGCUCUUGCGACCAUGACUCCUAUGACUACCUUUGCCCAGAAUAAUGGAGUCAUUGCCCUCACACGAUGUGCCAACCGGACAGCGGGGUACUGCUGCUGUUUACUCCUCAUUGUUGCGGGGAUCUUCGCCAAAUUCGCAGCAGCGAUUGUUGCCAUCCCGAACCCGGUCAUGGGUGGUAUGACGACCUUCCUGUUCGCUUCUGUGGCUAUCAGCGGUCAGGCCAUUGUUUCCAAGGCGCCUUUCAACCGUCGCAAUCGGUUUAUCUUGACAGCUUCCAUGGCCCUCGGGUACGGUGCAACUCUGGUCCCCACCUGGUUCUCCAACGUUUUCGGGUCCACUGGUAACAAAAAUCUGGAGGGCUUUGAGAACGCAAUUGAGCUGGUCCUCGAGACUGGGUUUGCCGUUACUGCUUUUGUUGCUAUGCUUCUUAACUUGAUCAUGCCGCCUGAAAUCGAAGAUAUUAGCGCCGUGAGGCAGGUUCCUUCUCCGACGACUGAGAGGGAUGAUGAACCCGAUUAUCAAAGCAAACAGGCUUAA